CGCACAUCCACAUCCACAGGCUCAGGUGUGAGGAAGCUUUCAGUCCACUUCACACUCCUGCAAACUGUGAACGACUUGAUUAAGAUAUGGGGUGUAGGCUUCCUAAGUUGCGGAAGGCAGAAGAGAGGCGAAGCCCGGGCAAUAUCUACUCCACCCUUCGACGGCCACAGGUGGAGACUAAAGUGGGCGUGUCAUACACCUACCACUUCCUGGAUUUCCUCUUGGGGAAAGAAGAGGUGCCGGUGUCAUCAGUGCUUUGUCUCUCCUCGGUCAGAGAGCUACCCGUUCAGGUCAGGGAACUCUACGCACAGGGUUUUGUCCUGGUCGCCGUCCAUCCGUUUGUCCAUCCCUGCGGCCCCGGUCACGCACACAUCCAGCGCCAGCUGCACCGGGCCGUGCUGGUCCGAGAGACGCCAAGUUCAGAGAAAAGCCAACUGAGGUGGGCAGGACACCGUCUGGAGACAGACGUGUGCGUGUCAGGUCAUCAGGCUGCUGACCCAGAGGUGAUCCAGAGCUACGUCAAGAGGAUCCAGGAUGUAGCAGAGCAAGGAGUGAUGUUCGUGGGCUUUCUCCAGCAGCCGGGUGGAGGACCCUGCUACUUGGGGCACUGGGAUCCUGAAGAGCUGUCCUCCUUACAUUCAAGCCCUUCGCCCAUUCAUCGACACCCCUUCAGCGCCAACAACAGCCCAACAGACCCUGUAGAACCACAUCAUGAUGACUCAGAAUCUGACCAUCCCCCCUUGGAACCUCAAGGGUUCGAUCAUGAAGGUGUAGAAAAUAACACACGGGACAACAAACCAAGAGAACCGGACUUCAGUCCGCUGAAACCCAUAGAGCUUAACCAAGAAGAGUCCAAUGAGCAAAUCCAGAUCUUACCGAUCAGCCUCAAAGAGUCACUAGAAUCAACAAACCAACCUCAAGAUCACAGCAAACCCAGCGUAGAUACAGUUCAGUGGUGUUCAAAUCAAAACCCAACAGACGCCAAAGGGAACCAGCGGUGUCCUCCAGAAGCUGCUGGUGUACUCAGACAGAAGAAGGGCCAUCUACUAGAAUCCACAGAGAAACAUUUGAACCUUUCCAACCAGAAAGAAACAGAAAGUUCGAGCUCCGACAGCUGGCCCAGCUCUCCUGAACUGGACGGAAACCACGAAAGAAAGUCCAGCAGGUUAACAGACGGGCAAAGCAGAUUGACGUCGCACAACAACAACCAUAUCCGGCUCAAGAGUUCAGAGAAGGAUAAGAAUGCAACUUCACCACCAGCGCAGGGUGGUAUGCAGCUCUUUGCCUUGUACAACCACACAGGAGAGCUGAACACUUCUCUGAGGUUCUACUCACUCAGGGUGCCACUGUUGGUACAAAAGGAGGCCGGGCAAAUCACGGAUGUUGACACACACUGGCUCGACCACAUGACUCAGCAUUUCACCAGUGGUGCGCACCUCAUCGACGGGUUUUUCCAACUUGGAGAAGAUAACGACAAUGGGGUUUCAUCUGUGGAUAGUGUGUUCAUCUUCCAGAGCUCCGCAGAGGAGACCACAAACACCUCCUACGACGCCAUCGUGGUUGAGCAGUGGACCGUCGUCGAUGGUGUCGUGGUGAAGACAGACUACAUCCCCUUGCUCCAGUCUCUGGCUCCGUACGGAUGGAGGCUGAUGUGUGUGUUACCCACACCCAUUGUCAAGACAAACAGUGACGGGAGUUUGUCGACCAAGCAGAUUCUCUUCCUUCAGAGGCCCGUGUUGCAGCGCAAGAGAAAAGACUUCAAGAUGCUGAACCUCAGGGGUCGCAGCAAGGCAAAGAAGAAAUCUACCGGAGAAACGCAAGAGGAGAGAGAGAACAUGUCCCCGCUGAUGGAGACGGAGAUGGACAGGUUGAGAAGAUACACAAAGGAGGAGGAGGAAGAAGAAGAAGAAGAAGAGGCAGAGGGGAGGAAGAGCAGGGACAGCGGAAGGAGUGAAGGAGCAAGCCCUCAGAACGAGGGAGACGAGGUAGACGAGGGGGGAGAGGAUGCGCGGCAUCAAAGGGGCCUCUCGUACCUAUCGGGGAGCAGGGCUUCUGUUGAGGACGAGGAAGAGGAAACCGACAUUGAUAACAUCGCUCCGUCUGAGCAGGAGCAGUCGGUGAGAUGGACAGAUGUGUGUCAGAGAGAUGACGGAGGGGUCAAGGAGGAGCUGAAGACGGAAGAGCGCAUCAAACAGCAGCUGUUUUCCGGCGUCUGUUGA